AUGUCCAUGUUGAGAGAUCGUCGCAUUGUGACGGCAUCAAAGUUUUCAAGCGGUGACGGCAGAACCUCUCGAGUCUCAACUGCCAGAUGCGUGGGCCCGGAGGGUGAUUUGCAACGGGCAGACGGCACGAUCGAUCUUGAUGAGACCUUGGACUGUGGUACAAAACCGCGGGUGGGCAGCAUAAGUCAAGCAAAUCCAAAUACAAAAAGUGAGCAAUUUGGAG